AUGCAGAGCAUUAAGUGUGUGGUAGUGGGCGAUGGUGCUGUAGGGAAGACCUGUCUGCUCAUCUCCUACACAACCGGAGCCUUCCCCAAGGAAUAUAUACCCACCGUGUUUGACAAUUAUAGCAGCCAGGUGACAGUAGACGGGCGCUCCAUCAGUCUGAACCUGUGGGACACGGCGGGUCAGGAGGAGUACGACCGCCUGAGGACCCUGUCCUACCCUCAGACCAACAUCUUCAUCAUCUGCUUCUCCAUCUCCAGCCCCGCUUCCUAUGAGAACGUCAAACACAAGUGGCACCCAGAGGUGUCCCACCACUGCCCCGGUGUGCCUGUCCUCCUGGUAGGCACUAAGAGUGACCUGCGUAACGACGAGGAGACCCAGCGCAAGCUGAAGGAGCAGAACCAAUCUCCUGUCACUCAUCACCAGGGGGCGGGACUGGCCCGUCAGAUCCAAGCCGCCCGCUACCUGGAAUGUUCCGCCCUCAACCAGGAUGGGAUCAAAGAGGUGUUCGCUGAGGCCGUCCGAGCCUUCCUCAGCCCACAGCACACCACCAGCAAGAGGUCCUGUAGGCUACUGUAGAGAGAGAGA